AUGGUGGGUGUAGCGGGAGCAGCUGUCUUAUCCCAGCACGGGCUUUCGCCACCGGAACGAAGGCACCAGGUCGGAUUCUGUAUUCGGCGCAAUACAAAAAACAGGGCAUCUCCGGAGCUCCUGAUGGGGCUGCCGGCGUCCCUCCUGCCUGCUUGUACAGGUGCUGGCAGCGUGCCCCAAGAAUCUCAAGCAUCUGGACUGCCUGAGUACAUAAAGAUUGUAGAAGUUGGGCCAAGAGAUGGAUUACAAAAUGAAAAGGUAAUAGUCCCAACUGAUAUCAAAAUUGAGUUAAUCAACCGGCUUUCCAGAACAGGCCUGCCUGCAAUAGAGGUGACCAGUUUUGUUUCAUCCAAAUGGGUGCCUCAGAUGGCAGAUCACAAAGAAGUAAUGAGAGGCAUUGAGCGGCAUCCUGGAGUCCAAUAUCCUGUUCUCACGCCUAAUCUUCAAGGUUUUCAUUCUGCUAUUGCAGCAGGAGCUACAGAAGUCUCAGUAUUUGGUGCAGCAUCUGAAUCUUUUAGCAAAAUGAAUAUUAAUUGUUCAAUUGAAGAAAGCAUAGAAAAAUUUGAAGAAGUUGCUAAAUCUGCAAGGAAUAUGAAUAUUCCAGUGCGUGGGUAUGUGUCGUGUGCAUUGGGAUGCCCAUAUGAAGGAAACAUCAUACCAGCUAAAGUGGCAGAAGUAUCUAAGCGGCUGUACAGUAUGGGCUGUUAUGAAAUCUCUCUGGGGGACACAAUUGGUGUGGGGACUCCUGGAAGUAUGAAAAGAAUGCUGGAAGCUGUUAUGAAAGAAAUUCCUCUGGGUGCUCUUGCUGUUCACUGUCAUGACACGUAUGGCCAGGCAUUAGCCAAUAUCCUCACAGCCAUACAGAUGGGAGUUGCUGUAGUGGAUUCAUCGGUUGCAGGACUGGGUGGUUGUCCCUAUGCAAAAGGUGCUACUGGAAAUGUAGCCACAGAGGAUGUGAUAUACAUGCUUAAUGGUCUGGGGAUCAAUACAGGAGUAAAUCUUUAUACAGUGAUGGAAGCUGGAAACUUCAUCUGUACAGCUUUGAACAAGAAAACAAACUCAAAGGUUGCACAAGCUUCCUUCAAUACUGGAACUAUCAAUUAAAUGGAUUUUUUUUUUGCAGCUUAAUUACAUUUGUCAUCUGCCUUGACCAAGGACAUUUAUGUCAAGAAAACAAAUAUAAGAAAAUCAUUUCAGCAAAGAACCAAAAUAGAACCCAUAUAUAACUUUUUAUUAUGAGAAGAGUUACUGUACUGUACUGUCUUGUCAAGAAUUGUAAGUAAGAAAUAAAUGACUGUACUACAGAACCCUGUUCUUGGUACUUCUACAGACGAGAAAAAUGUAUAAACACCAGGACAUUUUACCAUGUUUUAAAUUAAAUUUAAUUCUUUUCAGGAAAACUGAAUAGAAGCAGCAAAUACAUAGUUAAUUUUUAAUCAAGAUGACUUUUAGAACAGUACAAAUAUUUGCUGUAGUUUAUGAGAUCCCACACUGUGUGUGGCCAUUCUAUUAUGUAUUUUAUUUAUCUGAAUCUUUACUUUUCAUUUGUCAAGUCAGUUGUGUUAUGAACAUGAAGCCAAAUCUGAAUUCACCAUAAGAAUUUUUUAGCAAUAGCACUUUUUUAUUUUUGUUUUGUUUAACAUCUGUUAAGUAUAUGGAUGACUUUAUCUUGUUCCAAGACUUUGUGGUGAAUGGCAGUCUGCCAG